GUACGCUGCUAUUGGUUGAGCGCAAACAGAGGAAGGCCCACCUAGUGAUUAUAUUGUGAGAUUUCCCCGUUAGAACAUAUUUGAGUAGUGUGCAAUUGAACCAUAAGGAGAAGUGACAUUUGGGGAAAAAAAGUGACGGGGCCAAGAUGGAUGUUUUUAUGAAGGGGCUUGCUAAAGCUAAAGAAGCUAUGGACGUGGCCGCCGAGAAGACCAAGGAAGGAGUGGCGGUGGCCACGGAGAAGACGAAGGAGGGCGUCAUGUUUGUAGGGAAUAAGACCGCAACAGUGGCCGAGAAGACCAAGGAGCAGGCAUCGCAGCUCGGCGGCGCUGUAAUGUCAGGCGCCGGGAACAUCGCCGCAGCCACUGGCCUCGUGAAGAAAGACGAAUUCCCCUCCGACAUGAAUCCGGAGUUCGGUCAGGAGGCCACCGAGGAGCCAGCAGGGGAGCAGCUCAUGGAGCCUGAGGGGCAGACAUACGACGAGACUCAACAGGAGCAGACCCAGGACUACGAGCCUGAGGCUUAAGCUGACCAUUCCAGUGUCCAGCCAGCAGCACAAUAAAGGUUUAUAUCAAUACCAAGGACAAAUGCUGACCCCAUCACAAUAACCCCGGUUGCAAAAAAACCCAACAAAAUCCAAGAGCAAAACACCCACAAAAAUAUCAAACAUUCCUGCCGAGAGAAAAAAAAAUGUUCUUCCUUACAGAAAAUACUUUUAUUAUGAUCUAUUGUAAAUGUCAUGGUAUUUCUGUAACGUGUUGGGUGUAGUUUUAUUAUCAACAUGGGUGACUCUGUCUCAUUCCCUUGACUCCCUCCCAAAGAAAUGAGACCCGAGGCCCAUUUGUGAAUCUUUGUACUUGUGUCUCUGUAUUUCUAUAUUUGUGUGAUAGAUGUUUCGGAUCUUCCAAUACAGAUAUUGGGGGAGAAAAAUUCUUCGGGUAAAUGUAUACAAAAGCAACAGUAUGCUAUAGCUGUGUACAAUGCCUGUUUGUGUAUUCUCUUUUUUCAUUUACUAUUGAAGCAAUUUGUUGAUUUUACUGUUUUUCAAGUAAGAGUUUUAUACAUUGUACCUUUAUAGUUGCUUGUGAUAUCAUUUCAGUGAGGUAUCUGUCGGACUUGGGCAACUUGUACAUGUUUGUGCGUGCGUUGCGUGUGUGUGUGUGUAUGUGAGGUGUGUUGGUGAAAUGACAAUUUAACAAGUCAAGUCUAAAUGUGUCUCAAGCUCUCAGUGGAUGUCAGUAUGUGCUUUACAAAGCUGGAAAUGUCGGUAUCAAGAUUUCUGUGUCAAGCAAGACAUGCAAAUCCUCUGUAAAUAAAGAAGAUAUAAAAAAAAAGACGUG